AUGCGGCAUAUGCUAUACAGAAGUCGUGGCUUCAAGUCUCGUGGCCCCCUGGCGUUGCAGAUUUAUGGCCCCGAAGCAUCCGGCGCUCUUCAAGAGUUUUACGAGGACGAGGAGAACAAAUUCAAGACGCAAAAGAAAUUCAUACUUCACUUCACCUUCGAUCAAUACGACAGCCGUCGCAAUUCUUCUUUGAAAAUGGCAACAUCUUUCAUUGCCCAGAUCCUCAGCGCAAUCGAGCCACCCGCUUCUACCCAGAAAUUAUUAAAUCAAAGAGAGUUCUUACGUGCCUGGACUCUCUAUGACGCUCUCUACAUUUUGGAAGAUCUCAUAUACGGCAUGGAGGUUGUCUGUCUACUCAUCAAUCUUGAUCAAUGCGAAACCAGUUCGCGCGAGCAACUGCUCGACACUUUCCGUGGUCUCAUUCUGAUGACCGAAAGCAAGCUCAAAAUCUUGGCUUUUACCAAGGAGAUUCUGCCAGAGUGGCCGGGCAAGUCACUGAAUACAGAGCAAACAGAUUUCAGCCCUUCAUAUUCAAGCGAAGUCGAACUUCGAGACUACAACACCACCCACAGCGUUCAUAGCGACACCGCGUCAACUCAAGCUAACAAGGUCUCCAAUUCUAUCCACCACUACACGAGUUUGCAUUUCAGGCAGAAAGAAAGAGACCCCCUACGGAAGUUCGUUGAGAUGUUGGUCGCAGAUGCAAACGCUCCUGAGUCUAGUGUUCAAGAUAUUGUUCGCCUUGUCCUCAAUAUUCAGGAUGCUGAAUUAAGGGAUGCCAUCAUACUUCAAUUCAUGGGGGCUGCUUCAAUAAUCCCCGUUGAAACAUUGCUAUCCCUUGAAGAUUACAAAACCCCCGAGGCUUUCUUCCGACACCUUUUGAGUAAGAUCCAAGAGUCCGAACGGCGGCUUGUUCGACAAAUCUUGUCUCGGGUACUCUUGUCGAUUCGACCACUUAGCGUCCAGGAACUGAGCAUGGUUGUUUUCUGGAUACAACAGCGCGAGAUUGUAAACGGUCCAGCCAUGACAGAAGAAUACGGGCUUCUCCUGCGUUCCUCAAUAGCUACUCUUCUUUGGGGUAUCCUUGCGAUUAACAACAACAACGAUGUAGGAAUCAGCCAUUCCGCUCUUCGCGAUUUACUCCUGGGUCAGGGAGUUGAGUGGUUCAGGAUGGCUUCAGACAGUCACCGAGAUAUUGUUGUUUUGUGUCUUGAGCUCUUACAUCGAGAAGAAUUUUUGACUUGGAAAGACAGGAACAAAGGGGUCACGUGCAGCUUCGACCAAGGCCCCAUUCUCAUCUCGCGGUCAAUGUUUGAGGAUCGGACGACGCUGUAUGAGUACGUCGUCAUGAACUGGCCCGAGCAUUACAACAACAUUCCGGAAUCAAAGAGGCCAAGGGUUGAGGUGAUGGAAUUCUUCGGAGAAAACUCUAUGUCGGCAUGGCGAAGCUGGGCAGAAUCAAGGUGGACAAUGUCUAACCCCAUGAAUAGAGCCGAUCGACUGGAGACCCUGGUCUCAUCAGCGUGUCCACUGUCAUUAAUUGCUGGGAUCGGGGACCCUCGAUUGGUGAAAGAUUGGGCAGAUGCUCCCGAAAAUCGCAGCUUUGCCGACACAGGCAUUGCUCUCGAAGAAGCGUCUCGAGCGGGUAUGAUGGAUGUUGUGAAAUACCUACUCGCCCUGGAGCCUGGCCAUUUUCGAGAAUCACAUUUCCAAUCUGCACUCAUUGCAGCCGCAUCAUCUGCUGAGAGCCAAGUUCUCGAUGUUCUCAUUCAGUCAGUCCCAGAAAACCUCGCCUGGCCAGCGUCUCUUCUACUGCGUGUCUCUGAACUCGGGUUCGAGGCGUGUGUGGUUGCUCUCCUCAGUCAUGGGUGCUCACCAAACGCUCUUGUCGAGUUUCCCGAAACGACUGCCCUGCUUCGAGCGGUCGGCAAUGGUCAUGCCUCCAUUUGCAAACUCCUCCUUGAUCACGACGCUGACGUUGACGACUCUGGUGGUCAUGGCGUCAUAAUGACCGUGGCUGCUGGCGGAUCCCCUAGAGGUGCAGAUGUCAUCAAGACUCUGAUUGCGCACAAAAUUGAUGUCGGAGCAAAAGACGGCCUUGAGAACUCUGCCCUGAACGAAAGCUCUAGGCUCGGUCAUUUUGAGGUCUCCCGGACUUUGGCACAUAUUGCUAGGGACCCUGACAACAACUUCAAACCAGAGCUCCCUGAAAUCGAGAAGUGUUUAGAUUUGGUGGCAGACCUUGAUCUCGUACGGACAGCACUUCCCUUGCUUGAUAUGCUCAGCAUCUCGCCAGGAACACAUUCAAUCCUAGCUAGGCAGUUGAAAAACGCCGUCAAACAUGGACGCGUCGAGUUUGCCCGUGUCUUAUUCCAGAGAGAAGCAGUCACUUUAUCCGAGGAUACCGAUACACAUUUGUUGUGUGAUAUUUGCGGCAACCCCGAUAGCACCCUGGCGAUGUUGAUGCUAUUGGUAGAGUAUGGUGCUAAUCCCAACUGGAGAAGUGGGAAACAGACUCCUCUGACGGUAGCAGCGAGGCUAGGGCGCAUAGAUUUCAUUGAAUACUUAAUCGAAAAUGGCGCCGGUAUCAACAACACCGAGCCUGACAGCCUGUCUGCACUUUCAGAGGCAGCACGUCAAGGGAGUCUGGAGUGUGUUCGCUACCUCGUCCACAGCGGCGCAGACAUCGACUGGAGGGACGGAUACGGUGAGUCGGCUCUCUUUGAGGCGGCAGAAGCCCAGCAUUUUGAGGUUGUUGGGUUUCUGCUGGAUCAAGGGGCGACAGCAUCUGGCAGCGGAUGGAACGGGAGGACACCUCUUUCGCUCAGUCUGUCGUCCGUGAGCACGAUGAGACAGAUUCUCGCCCUCUAUCCAGAGACGGAAAUGAAAGACCAUAUUGGCCUAGGCCCAAUCCACCGGGCAGCAAUGUCAGGGCAGGCUGCUGCUAUCGACGUGCUGUUGGAGUUCAAGGCUCAAGUCGAUCUUGAAGGAUCAGAGGGCCUCUACAAGGGGGUCACACCGCUCCUUCUUGCUGUUACUUUGGAAAACUGUGACUUGGCUUCAAUCCAAAGUUUGCUCGAAGGUGGCGCCGAUGUGGACUUUACUACAAAGACCACCAGCUUCACCGCCAUCCAACUCGCCACGAGCCCUGGAGUCAUCGAGGCCCUUCUUCAGUAUAGUCCAAGCAUCAACUCUGCCGACUCUCAUGGGAAAACAGCUCUCAUACAUCGAACCAACGAUGAAAAGCCUCAAUUAGCUGCUGUCAAGAAGCUCGUUAAUGCGCGGGCUGAAGUCAACGCUGUGUGCAAGAACGGCUGUUGUUCACCACUACUGAACCUCAUCAGAAGACCGAAUUCGUCCGACAACUGGCCUAUCAUUGAAUACUUGAUUGGAAAGGGCGCCGAUAUCAAUAUGCGAACCUUCCGAUCUGGCGGUGUCUUGAAUCAAGCCUGCUAUUAUGGUGAUCUGUGGAUGGUUAAGCAUCUCCAUGCUCGUGGUGCAGAUGUGAACGCUGGUAUUGGAGGCUUGCUUGGCAGCCCCCUGCAGGCCACAUGCCUAAGUACUACGGCUGACCACGAAGUACUCGAAAUUAUGCGAUAUCUCGUGGUUGAGGCUAAGGCAGAUGUCAAUCAAAGCUGCGGAUAUUACGGCUCGGCGCUCGGCGCGGCUUGCAUGCGAAGGUCCCCCCACGCUAUCAAGCUUCUACUCGACUACGGAGCGGCCGCAAAUAUUUUGGACAGGAUGGGCCGUUUGCCGAUUCAUUUGGCAGCUGUCACCGCAAUCGAUAGCUUCCAGCAUCUGCUCGACAUCAAUUGCGAUGUUUAUGCCGCAGACAACACGGGCCGGACUGUUUUACAAUGGGCGGCACAAAGCGGUGAUGUCGAGAUCGUCCGGCUUGUGCUUUCACUACCAGAUAUAGAGGUUGAUCAAGUCGACAAGGACGGCUGGACAGCACUGUGCUGGGCCGCACGAGGUGUGACCUCAAGGGAACUGUUUGAGAAAGAAAAACCAUCCGAAACGCAAACAGAGAUUAUUGAGCUCCUCCUCGAACGGAAAGCCAGCCAAUUGUUGGUCGUUCCGGGCGACGCGGCGGCUGAUUGGUACAAGGAAUUCCUGCAAGAGCUGCGAAAACUUCGAUUUCUGCUUCAAGUGCUAUUUUCAGCGUGA